CGCUCUUCGCUCCUCGCUCCGCGCCACCUGCCGCCGCCGCGCAGCGCUCCACAGCAACGCUCUCGGGCGCAGUCGCGUUUCUCUGCGUGGUGCAAGGGGAGGACGCAAGGAAGAACCGCGACCUGUGGCGUUGCCAGUGCACGGAAGGCGCAAACCCGUGCGGUGCAGUGCGCGUGCUGCCGAGGGCAGCGAGGACGCGAUGGCUGUGCUGGAGGCGGUGCUGGGCCCGGUGCGCCGCGCCUCCUGAGCCAUGGGCGCCGUGGUGCUGUGGGUGGUGAUGUUGGGGGUGGGCGCGGGGGCGGUGACGGUGGGCGGCGGCGGCGGCGCCCGCUGCGAGAGGAUCACCGUGUCCAUGUGCCACGACGUCGGCUACAACCUCACCGCCAUGCCCAACAUGCUGGGCCACGAGGACCAGCUGCAGGCCGACCGGGAGAUGUCGGCGCUGGUGCCGCUGCUGGCGGCGGGGUGCGGCGGCGUGGGCGGCGGCGCGGGAGGGCCGUCCGCGCGCCGCCUGCUGCGCAUCUUCCUGUGCGCGGCGUUCGCGCCGCUGUGCACGGCCAACGUGGCGCGGCCCGUGCCGGCGUGCCGGGGCCUGUGCGAGGCCGUGGCGCAGCAGUGCGCGGCCGGCGCGCGCGCGCUCUCGCUCAACUGCGCUGCGCCAGCCGGCGCUCAACUGCUCGCGCUCUCCUCGGCAGCCGCAGGACGCGCUCUGCAUGCAGGUACGGCCCUCCCCGACCCGGCGCGCCCCCCCAUCCUCUCCGCCGCCUACCAAGCCACGCGCGCCCGUGUGGCCGCAGGCGCCGCCGGAGCCCGCGCCCGGCCUCGGCGCCGCCCGAGGCCCUCGGCCGACCGCCGCGCCGUAGCGUCGCCGGCUCAGUCGCCUGCGCCCGCCGCCUGCCCGGCCGCCUUCGCGCGCGUGCGCCGCCGCCCCGACGGGCUGGGCUGCGCGCCGCGCUGCGGCCGCGACGCCUUCUACCGCCCCGAGGACAAGCGCUUCGCCGAGACGUGGAUGACCGGCUGGGCGUGGCUGUGCUUCCUCUCCACGCUCUUCACGCUGCUCACCUUCUGGGUGGAGCCCGCGCGCUUCAGGUACCCGGAGCGGCCGGUGGUGUUCCUGGCGCUGAGCUACAACCUGCUGGCGCUGGCGUUCGUGGCGCGGGGCGCGCUGGGCGCCGCGGCGCUGUCGUGCGUCGCGCCCUCCGACGGCGCCGCGCCGCCGCACCUCGCGCAGGACGGACUCGACAGCGGCGCCUGCACGCUCUCCUUCCUCGCGCUCUACUACUUCGGGCUGGCGUCGGGCGUGUGGUGGCUGGUGCUGUGCGCCUGCUGGUUCCUGUCCGCCGCCAAGCAGUGGUCGUGCGAGGCGCUGCAGGGGCUCUCCACCUACUUCCACGUGGCGGCCUGGGCCACGCCGGCCAUCCUGGGCCUGUCGGCGCUCGUCAUGCACCACGUGGCCGCCGACGAACUCACGGGCCUCUGCCAGGUGUCGGAGUCGGCGGUGGGCGUGCUGGUGGUGCUGCCGCAGGGCGCGCUGCUGGUGUCGGGCUGCGUGCUGGCGGCGCUGGGCGGCGCGUCGCUGGUGCGCGUGCGCGGGGCCGUGCGCGCCGCCGGCCGCCCCACGGCCAAGCUCGAGCGCCUCAUGACGCGCCUGGGCGUGUUCGCCGCGCUCUACGCCGUGCCCGUGGGCGGCGCGCUGGCGUGCGCGCUGUACGAGGCGUGGCACCGGCCGCGCUGGCGCAGCCUGGCGCUGCUCGCCGCGCUCGACUGCCAGCUGGCGCAGGCCAGCGCCUGCGCGCCCGCGCACCACAGCGCCGGCGUCGAGGUGGCGCUGCUGCGCCUCUUCCUGUCGCUCGUCGUGGGCGUCACCUCGGGCAUGUGGGUGUGGUCGGGCAAGACGUGCCGCGCGUGGAGCCGCCUCUUCACCGCGCCGCGCAAGCCGCGCCCGCCCGCCAUCGCCCACCAACACGCGCCCCUGCACGUCUCCAGGAAAGUUUUCAAAAUUCAAUAUUGUAUUUUUGUAAAAAUAGUACUGAUUUAUAAACAUGUUUUUACAAAACGUAUUAACUAUAAGAUAAUUUAUUUUCAUUUUAAUAAAUUCAAAAUGUACAUACAUAACAGAAAUAUUCUGUCAAUAUGUAAAAAUGUGAAGAAAAUAAUAUUUAUAAACCGACUUAAAAAUAUAACACUUUGA